GUUUUGUGGAAGCUGAGUUACAAAUUGGAAAACUGUCAUAGAUCAAUGCCUCGCAGCAAGGAAGGAAAGACUAGGGAGAAGAUAGAUCAACAUGCUUUGGAGUCUGCUGUCAAUGAUGUUCUCAAAGGAACACUCAAGAUCAAUGAAGCUGCUCGAAGACCGUGAGCAGAUUAUUGAUCAACAACAAAUGGAUGACAUUGCAACCCCCUCCAUACAGCCGUCAACAUCUUCACAAGAAAAUUUAGCCAAGCCGCCAAUAUCUUCAGAGGAAAAAUUAACCAAGCCAUCAACAUCAGCACAGGAGAAAAUUAAAAUUGUGACUCCAGAAAUGGUUCGCCCAUUUCCCAAAGCUGCAACCAGAAAAAAAACUACAAGAGGAAGACAGCCAGGAAAAACAAGAAUCCUCACUGACACUCCAGAAAAAAGUUGA